AGCUGCUUCACACGGAGACCAAACACACAGUGUGUGAUGCUGCGUUUGACUGGCAGGAUGCAAAGGUGGUGUGUCGAGAGCUGGACUGUGGGGCUCCUGUAGAAGUGCUGGGAGCAGCUGCAUUUGGAGAGGGAAAGAAACAGAUGUGGUCAGAGGAGAUCCAGUGUGGAGGCAACGAGACUCAGAUUCAACUCUGCCCAACAUCUGCUCUGAAUGUCAACUGCUCACAUGACAGGGAUGUGGGCUUAGUUUGUUCAGAUCCGGUGAGGUUGGUGAAUGGCAGCAGUCGCUGUUCUGGGAGAGUGGAGGUUUAUCAUAAAGGAGAGUGGGGCACAGUGUGUGGUAGUGAUUGGAAUGAGUUUAAUACGGAAGUCGUGUGUAAAGAGCUGGGGUGUGGUCAUAAUGUAGAUACCAUGCAAAAAGCCGAAUUUGGAGAGGGAACAGGUAGAGUCCUGAUGGCUGAGGUUGCUUGUGGGGGGUGGGAGACCAGACUUAAGGCCUGCCCUCAUAAGGGAUUGGGUAAACAUACAUGCCAACCUCACAAAAGUGUUGGAAUCAUCUGCUCAGAACACAGAGCUCCCAGGCUUGUGAACGGUUCCCACCAGUGCUCUGGGAGAGUGGAGGUGGAACACAGGACCACCUGGGGAACAGUGUGUGAUGCUGCAUUUGACUGGCAGGAUGCAGAGGUGGUGUGUCGAGAGCUGGACUGUGGGGCUCCUGUAGAAGUGCUGGGAGCAGCUGCAUUUGGAGAGGGAAAGAAACAGAUGUGGUCAGAGGAGAUCCAGUGUGGAGGCAACGAGACUCAUAUUCAACUCUGCCCAACAUCUGCUCUGAAUAUCAACUGCUCACAUGACAGGGAUGUGGGGUUAGUUUGUUCUGGUAAGCACAUGAUCUUUUUAAAAUGA